AUGGAGCACACGUACGGGGAGGUGAACCAGCUGGGCGGCGUCUUCGUCAACGGGCGGCCGCUGCCCAACGCCAUCCGGCUGCGGAUCGUGGAGCUGGCGCAGCUCGGCAUCCGGCCCUGCGACAUCAGCCGCCAGCUCCGCGUCUCCCACGGCUGCGUCAGCAAGAUCCUGGCCCGGUACAACGAGACGGGCUCCAUCCUGCCCGGGGCCAUCGGCGGCAGCAAGCCGCGGGUCACCACCCCCAACGUGGUCAAGCACAUCCGAGACUACAAACAGGGCGACCCCGGCAUCUUCGCCUGGGAGAUCCGCGACCGGCUGCUGGCGGACGGCGUCUGCGACAAGUACAACGUGCCCUCGGUCAGCUCCAUCAGCAGGAUCCUGCGCAACAAAAUCGGCAGCCUCUCCCAGCCCGGCCCCUACGACGGCGGCAAGCAGCCGCCCCCCCAGCCCGCCCUGCCCUACAACCACAUCUACCAGUACCCCUAUCCCGGCCCCAUGGCCCCGCCGGCCGCCAAGGUGGGGGGCCACCCCGCUGCCCCCGUGGCGGCGGCCCACGUCAGCCUGCCCCGCUCCUGGCCCUCGGCGCAUUCCGUCACCAACAUCCUGGGCAUCCGCACCUUCGUGGAGCAGACGGGGGCUCUGGCUGGCACAGAGGGGUCUGCCUACCCCCCCAAAAUGGAAGACUGGCCCAGCGUGAACAGGGCGGCCUUCCCCCCGGCCCAGGCAGUCAACGGCAUCGACAAGGCUGCCAUGGAAGGAGAUAUCAAAUACCCGCAGCCCGCCCCGGGGCUCUCCUCGGUGGGCACCUUUCUCCCGGCCUGUGCCUACCCCCCCUCCAACCAGCACGGCGUCUACGGCGGCCCUGCCGGCGGCUACAUCCCCCCGGGCCACCCCUGGCCGCCCCAGGGGAGCCCCCUGGCCCACCACGGGCCCGGCGUGGCGAUGCACGGCGGCGACCUGGCCACGGCGAUGGCGUUCAAGCAGCCCGGGAGGGAAGCCGUGGACAGAAAGCCUGCCAGCCCUGUGGGGAAAUCUCCAGACCCUCUAAACGCCAUCCAUGGACUCUCUAUCCCAGCCUCCUCUUCCUAGAGCCGCGGAGCAGCAGUCCAGAGACAGUGACUCUUGGAAUAAGCACCUGCAAACUGUAACCGAAGCCCGAAGUGCCUCCGAACUGUACCCGAAGCGCGGCCGCCUCCGGCAGGUGCCUGCGGGACGAGGAGUCAGUGCGGGCGGUGAGAGGUGACAUCCUCCCACGGCAAAUCCCCGCGCAGGGGAGCGCGGUCGGGACGUUCACGCACGCUGCCCGGAGGGAUGCUUUACCUCCAUCGUGUCGGAAAGGGGCGACAGAAGAGACUCAGCGUUCCUUCUUUAUUUUGUCCUUUUUUUUCCCCUUGCUUUCAGUUUUUCUUUCUCCUUCCCAUGUCCCCGAAGACCGUUGGAUGCAGGGCAGCAAAUGCCUCUCGUCCCCAGCCAUUGCUCGGAGCGUCCCCAGCUCUGUCCCAGCCCAAGGGAGCACGUUUUCCCCCAGGGAGCAGUUUCUGGCUUCCCCACGCCGCAGUCAGAGCAGCCGUGUGAUGGAGCCCGCUCCGUCCGAGCCUUCCAGUGCCUCUGCCCCACAGUGGAAACGGACAAAUGUGCCACAACGUUUUAUGAUAUAUUUUUAUAAUAACAAACCUU